CUAUGUACUACACGACGUCAAACAUGAGCAGGUGGCUGGACGCUAACAACAACUGUACGCUGGCGUCGCCUGGCGUUACGCUACUCCAGACUUCGGCGGAAGUGGGCGUUAACCUGGGCAACGCAAGCCUAGGGUUGAGCAAUGGAACAGAACUAUGGAUGGGGUACGUGCGACAACCGGUGUUGUUGCUCCACAUAGGUUGCUUGGACGUGAUCGAGAACAGCAACAAACUGUCGGUCUCGCAUGGAGCGGGUAACGAUGUAGGGCUGUGUCUGUCACUGUGUGGGGGCAGCAUACAAACAGUCGGGGUCAUGGCUGAUGGGUGUUUUUGCCUCGGCGACCUCUCCGGACUCAAUCUGAACAGCAGCCGCUGCACGGAUAAAUGUGCAAGACCGGAUGGAGUCCUGUGCGGAGGCCACAAAUCCAUGUCUGUCUACAGCAUAGUGCCCGGAGAGCUAAGCAAGUCGAUCAUAGAGCAACCUGGAGCAGUGUACAACGUGGGCGACUGCGUGUCCUUCAAUGGCAACACAAAGGAGAUGCUCUACUCGAAAUGCAGCAUCCCGCUGAGGGCUUUCUGCCAAGUGGCUGAAGGUCAAGCUAGGGUGCUCACCACGGCCUCCAGUUUCUAUCUACCCUGGGAUCGGAUUGCUUUCGAGUGCACCAAGGCCGGCAAUCAGUCGCUCAACUAUAACACCACCUUGAGCAUUCCGACUCCCAGUCAUAUCUGGACCGGAAUGAUCCGAGCUGUGGUGGUCCUGGACCGGCUUGUUUCCUUAAGUGGAAAGACAGAGUUUGGUUACUUGAAGAUGGUCAACAACACUUACAAGCUCAUGUUCGACCAGGUGCCGUCGGCCGUGCGUAGAUCACUUUGUGUCAAUGAGUCCAACGUUCCUAGCACAGUGUCAAUAACGAAAUCAACUUCACGGAAAACAACUCCUGCACAAACCGUCACCAUGACGACGAAAACGCCGGAACCAGAACCAGAAGCGGAACCUGUCACGGCAAAAUCUUCCUACAUGUUUCUGGUGUAUAUCCUCGUGCCACUUGCGGUUGUUGUUAUCAUCAUCUUCAUCGUCAUCUGCGCGGUCCGCCAUCGAAAGAGGAGGCUAGAAAUACAGAAGAUUGAGGCUGAACUUAUGAAUGAAUUGGCCAGUCGUGACAAAAACGUCGAUAUGAGCGGUUUUGUCAUAAGUACCUUGCCAAGAUCGGAGAAAAAAGCACGCAAACCCCAACAAACCAAUGGAAACGCAGGUUACGAUCACUCAGGUGAAGGCCAACCAAUCAACGGCUACGGAACAAGUGACAGUGGCUAUGAACUGACUGCAACGGUCCCAUUGGAUAAUUGCUACAUGACGCAGCUAGAAAACGCUGACAAAGGGCGCGAUAAAGUGGACAGCCAGCGUUCGUCCCCAGAAAACGGACGAGACAGGGAGUAUGCGAAGAUUGGGAAGCAUGCAAAAGGUAGCCCUGGUACACCGUUGAAGAAUCGAAAUCUGGGUACCGGAAAUGGGAGUUACAAUGUUUCGUCGAGUGAUCCCCUGUAUGACCAAGUACCCGUUUAAAGAACAACAAAGUUGCUUGCCAUUAACUUUGGAGGUUUGCUUUUUGUACAGUUUGUUUCAUGGAAAUGUUUCGUGAGAUGAUUCAUUCUCUUAAAUUUAAGAAAUUGCCGAGAAACUUUACAUGUAUUUUGUUCAUUGUUUGUUUUAUUUUUGGUGUAAAUAUUUAAUAUGUUUACACAUAUAACUUAAUUUGUGCUUGUUGUUUGUCACCAUUUGUGAUGUAAUCUAUGAAUUAAUACUGAUUUAUGAAACAUCUGUUAUAAUCACAAAUCUCUUCGAGAAUAUUUCUACGGAUUAUUUUAUUUUGCUCCUUUGGAGGUCGUUUACGAAAACUAUAUUUUAGCAUCGUGUAUUGUGAUUUAAUUGCUUUUGUAAACAGGCCUGUCGUAUAUAAGGAGCACAUUUGUAAAAUGUAAUAUAAUCCCUUUAGAAGAAAUAUCCAUAUUUUGAAGAAUAAUAUUACGCCGGUAAAUACUAUUAUUCAGUAAAGCCUCACGCUUAGGUAAUCAAGCCAAAUGAAAGCUGGUGUAUUUACUUGAUUGAUAAUUCACCAAUUAAACAAUGUUUUGUUGUUUUGAUCAGAUAUGAUUACAUUAGUAUUUUCAGCAAUGUUAACACACGAAUCUUAUCUUUUUAUGUGAAUGCCUCAAAUUGAUAACAGCAUUACGUCUCUGGUAAUUUCAUAUUAUUGUAUUCCUUUUGCCGUUGACAUCUAGGCGCUCACUACAGUAUUUGACCAUUUGUUAACAUAAAUCACUGAAUUCCACAUAGCAAUUUUAUCUGAAAAGUCUCUUAAACGCCGCAUGCUUUAUAAUUACAUUCAAAGUUGUGUGAAUAUCGACUGAGUUUCUUUGAGAUUUUUAAUUUGUUGUUUUUAAUUAGAAACAAGUUGUUUGUUUUUUUGUUGCUACCACUCUAUACAGUCACAAGUAAUUUCUUCUUUGAGAUCCUUUUUAUAC